AGCCCGUUUAUCAUUUUCCGCUACAUUCAAUCCAAAAUGGCGUCUCGCUAGAAGAAAAUUUUGGCUUUGUCCCGAGAUUUGUGUUACAAAAACUCGGGAAUUUCGUCCCUUUUAGAAGAGAACAUCCAACAAAGAGGACGCUAUGACGUCCAUACACGUUGUGGUGCACCCUUUGCCCGGGACAGAAGACCAGCUAAACGAUCGUUUGAAGGAGGUAGCAGAUAAGAUCAACAAGCAUGGGUAUGUUAGCCCUCCAGCCAUCAGUCAGCUGAGGGGCCAGGUUGUAAGGGAGUGUGUGGUUGGACCAAACCAUAUUGCCUUCCUAUUGGAGGAUGGCCGUGUGUGUCGUAUGAGUUAUCGGAUCCUGACAGAGCGACUGGACUUGUCCAAAAAUGACCCCAACAAAAGUAAUAAUGCUGGUACCAGACUGCCCACUAGAACCCGCGGCCGCGUGGUUCGUGGUAGCGGACAGGGCAGUAGGGGCACACGUGGAACCACCAGCGUGAUCGUUGGGUCCCGGCCCAUGGUGCCAGCGUCUGUCGUGCCAGAGGAACUAGUGAACCAGGCACAGGUGGUACUACAGGGGAAGUCUCGCAGUGUCAUCAUCAGGGAACUACAGAGAACGAACCUGGAUGUAAACCUGGCUGUAAACAACCUCCUGAGUCGGGAUGAUGAGGAAGGAGACAAUGAUGAUGAUGCCAGCGACUCCUACAUGCCGGGAGAUGACCUGAUGUCCCUGUUGGAUGCUGGACUCCACUCAGACCACCCCAGUGUGAUCAUUGAUGCAGACAUGUUCUCAGAAGACAUGUUUGGUUACGCUUCUCUACGGAGUAGAGUCAGGGGAGCUUCCAGAUCCAACCCAGGAGACCGUGAUCGCGACUCUGACCGCGAGAGAGACCGUGACCCGGUGUUCCGUCUGCGGGAGCGCCCACGCUGGUUGGACAGCGCCCUGCGCGACGCGGCGGGGCUCGGGACAGCCAGCUCGGCCGGUAGCACCAGCGGAACCACGGAGGCAAAGAAAACGACCAACCCUCCUCCCGAGACUCCGCUGUCGUUUGGAGAGGAACUGGAAUGGUGGAAUGAAAAGGCGGCAGGAACUCCCCGGUUUGUCCACAUCGCUGCCAUGUACAGUGAGCUGAUCGCAGUCAGUGUCUCAGGACAGCUGUACCAGUGGAAGUGGGCCGACCCCGAACCUUACUGUAACCCUGAGAACUCUGCAGUGCACCAUCCACGGAGCUCAGCUCUGGGCCUGAAUGGAGAGAAAGUACUGCUGAUUUCUUCUUGUUCUGUACGAGCGUCUGCUGUUACUGAAUCUGGCAAGGUUGCCACUUGGGUUGAUGAAACUCUGAGCUCUGUGGCUACAAAGUUGGAACAUCCAGCACAAGUGUUCCUAGAGUUCCAGGGAGAGAGGAUGUCAGCCAUUUACACCUGCUCACUCUACACCUGUGUGCACCUGGAGUCUGGGGGGCUCUACUGGUGGGGUGUCCUACCAUUUAGCCAGCGUAAGAAGCUUGUAGAGAAAGCUCGUACGCGGUCCAAGAAGAGCGGGACGGACACCAAGUCCAGUGACAUCACCACAGGCAUGCAGGUCUGCCUGCGUAGCUGCCCCAUCUACCAUGCCGGCGCGCUCGCUUUUACGACCGUCGGGUCCGUGCCAAAAGUCGGACAACUCUUGGAGUCGGCAUGGAACCUAUCUGACACUUGCAGGUUUAAGGUGCUGUCCCCACAGAAGGAAGAUAUCAAGUCAGGAAAGCCCGAGGGGGUGAAGGAAGCCAAGUCGGAGACUAAGACAGACAUGGGCCCCCCUCCCUCCCCAGCCUCCACAUGUAGUGAUGCACCCUCUGUGUCCAGUGUGGGAUCUCUCAAGCGGAAGCGUCCUCUGGUGCUACCCAAGGAAGAUGAUGACUGCAAGGCCUCCAAUGAGGAACGCUGGGCCCUGAAGGAUGUGGUGUUCAUUGAGGAUGUCAGAUCAGUGCCUGUUGGGAAAGUCCUGAAGAUCGAUGGAGCGUACGCAGCGGUGUGGUUCCCUCACCAGCGCGACCCCAGCCCGACAACGAGCCACGACGACCCGGCAGCGUUACUCCAGGAGUGUCGCCUACUGAGGAAGGAUGAGCUUCAGGUUGUGAAGCCCACUGCAGUGCCCAAGGUGCCUGACUGUUUCCAGCGAAUGCCCAAGAAGCUGCCAGUGAUGGACAAUGCCAAGAUCCUAGCAGUCACUGUAGAUAGCAGAGGCGUGCAUGUCAUCGCGAAGGUGGGGUCCCGGCUGAUGUACCUGGUGUACGACCUCGGCACGGGGAAGGCGGAACAGGAGAGCCUGUUUCCGACAGAUGCCACAGCUUUCCUCGGUCAUGCAGAAAACUCCAUCACUCUGUACAGUGGGGGACAGGAUGUUGUGAACUUGUUGAGGGAUGGAAACGGUGCCAUCUACCCCCUGGCGAAGGACUGCAUAGAGGGGAUCCGUGACCCGGUAUGGCUAGACCUGCCGCCGGCGCGCUGUAUCGGACUGGGGAUCCAGUCUCUCAUCGACCUACCCAGCUCUUCUGAACUCAAGAAGAAGGCAGCGGUGGUGGUACUGGCUUUUGAGACCCAACUGUUGAUGCCCCAUGUGCUGCGCUGUGACUACGAGUCUGUGAAACAAUUCCUGUACUCCCUGGAGAGAGACACAGGUUCCAUCAACACCCAGAACACGAUCCAGCAGGUCCUGAGCGAGCGUUGUGAUGGCAACAGGAAUGUGUUCCACGCCUGCGUCGCCAUGUGCUGUCCGACAACCAACCAGGAUAACAACACCUCCAACAGUAACAAUGAAGCAGGCACAUCUAACUCAGCACAAUGGGAGUCCAUCACCAGCAGAAUCAGUGCAGUCAGUAACGCAGUGGACGCUCUGGCCAACGCUAUCUCUGCUGCCUCCAGCUCCGGGGGUGGGGGGACAGGGUCAGGGGGGACUGGGGGGAGCAGCAGUGGAGGGACGGGGACAAGCACUCGCAGCAUGAGUCUACGUGAGAUGAUGCGGAGAGCGACCUCAGCAGCGCGUGCGGUCGGCGGGACGUCCCAGGAGGAUGGUGACCCCAUCCCCACCCUCAACUGGCCUCCCGACCCUCCCCUGUUCGAGUCAGCAAACUCAGAGGACGACAAUGUCAGUCUGUCCACGAAUGCCGCGACUGCAGGGGGGCUCACGGGGUCUUGUGGUUCUGUUAGUUCGUACUCGUGUGCGAGCUCCGUUGAUGAAAAUACCGUACUUCCAGCGAGCACAGACGCGGCGGAGCGGAGCGGCCACGCCCUGUGUAUCCUGACCCUGCUGUGCGAGACGCCCGUGCUGAAGCCGUAUCUCGUGGAUCUCCUGUCCGCUAAGGAUGCCCAGGGCCAGACCCCCUUCAUGGCUGCUGUAAGUGGGAGGGCCUACUCUGCAGCACUGGCUAUACUGGACACUGCACAGAGGGUGGCAGGCAAGGACAACAAGGAUGGCAUGGAUAACGAGUUAGCCAUGAGCAUGAUCUACCCACCUGGGUCUAACCUGGAUGACUCACCGCUACACGUGCUGUGCUGUAACGACACCUGCAGUUUCACCUGGACAGGUGCUGAACAUAUCAACCAGGAUAUUUUUGAGUGUCGUACAUGUGGCCUGGUGGGAACUCUGUGCUGCUGUACUGAAUGUGCACGGGUCUGUCAUAAGGGACAUGACUGCAAGCUGAAGCGGACGUCCCCCACGGCGUACUGCGACUGUUGGGAGAAGUGUAAGUGUAAGGCGCUGAUCGCGGGACAGCAGACGUCACGAUUGGACCUCCUGAACAGGCUCAUCAACGAUACCGACCUGGUCACACAGCCUAACAGCAGAGGAGAGAACGUACUGCUGUUCCUGGUACAGACAGUGGCGAGACAGAUCGUAGAACAGCGCCAAUACCGCCCGCUACGCAGAACCGACUCCAGAACCGCUGCACGCAAACCCAUCGGUGAGGAAGACCCAGACAUGCCCGACCACGACCUGGAGCCCCCGCGGUUCUGUCGCAUGGCGCUGGAGCGAAUCCUGCAGGACUGGAAGGCUGUGAAGGCCAUGAUCACGAGCGAGUGCCCCGGACGGGACCGCCGGUCACCCAUCCCAGACCUGCUACCCGAGGAACAGGUUUAUCUGGACCAACAGAGUGGGACUAACAAACUGGACAGUUUUACUCACUGUCUACUGGUCAAGUGUAGUGUGGAGAUGUUGGACACCCUGCUGAGUACGUUGAUACGUGAGCUACAGAACGACACCGUAGCAGGAAGGAAGGAAGAAGCCACCAAGAUCUCCAGACGUUUCAUACGCUCCGUGGCACGGGUGUUUGUCGUGCUUAGUGUCGGCAUGACGCCUGGCAAAAAGAAAAGCUCACUUCCGUCACAACCGCUGAUGAAAUGUCGCCACGCUUUCCAAGCCCUCAUUAACCUCGCCAUCGAAGAACUGUGCCAAACAGCCGAGUCCCUCAUCACCCCCGUUCGCAUGGGAGUGGUACGCCCCACUGCCCCCUUCUCAUUGGUCAGUGCCAACAUAGAUGCAGUCCAGGGAAGCGAAGAACUUUUCAACGUGGAACCACUCCCGCCGCGGCCGUCGUCUGCGGACCCCCCACGGGUAUCUCAGGUGUCGUACUCGCGACAGCCCCAGGGAACCAGCCAAUCAGAUCGCUCGAGGGAGAGAGAGGAAGAGGAACAUGACGUAGUGGUGGCAGAUGUGGAGGAGGUUGAGGUUGUAGAGGGUGUGGUAGGGGAGGAGGAUCGUCACGAUGAGUCCAGUCACCAUGGAGACCAGCAGAUGGACCAUGCUGAGGAGCAGCACGGAGAAAGCAGGGCUGAUGAUCACCAUGACGAUGAAGCUGGAAAUGAAAGUGACAUGGACCUGGACCUGCUGGCUGAAAGUGAGAGUGACAGCGAGAGUAACCAUAGCAACCAGGACAAUGCCAGCGGCAGACGCAGUGUGGUCACUGCAGCAACAGCAGGGUCCGAGACAGGUGCUGGUAGCGUUGCAGCAUACUUCUCCGAGGAAGACUCCUCGUCCAAUCAGGACGAAGAAGAAAGCGAGGAGAGCGAGAACGAAGAGGAGAACAACAGCAUCGCGAACGAGCUCCCCGACGAGCAGCUGGAGCGAGUGACCACGCCCGGCAACCAGGGUAGCAACACGUCCCAGGCUCCGACGGCGCUGCAGUGGGCCGUCCGACAGCCUCCCCCGCGUACCCCCGCCACCACCAGUUCUACUCCUGCUACUGCUACUUCUCAAGGUGGCCUGAUCUACAUCGACCCCUCCACGCUACGUCGCACAACAACUGUCACCACGACGCCGUCCACGUCCGUAACCACGGAUACCAGCUCCUCCCAGACAGUCUCCACCACGGCCAGUUCGCUGGCGCGUGCGUUCAGCAUCGUGAUCCGACAGAUUGCGGACCUGAUGAGCAUGUUACCUGACUAUCCUGCCGUGGCACCGCUGCCCAAACCUCUGCCCAUCACCUACCAGGAUACUUUGGAUCUGCAGAUGUAUGUUGAGAUGCACCUGCGCUGUACCUGGGACUGGCUCAUCACAGUCAUGGACUCCACAGAGGCCCAGCUACGCUACGGUUCCGCCCUGGCCAACUCCUCGGACCCAAACCACCCCACCCACCCGCUGUACUCCCAACAGAACCGCCGCCGGGACCGUGCCGCUCGAAUGGAGGAUACACUGCGCCCGUUUGAGAGCCGACGUCGCGGGAGGAUCAUCCCAGGCAGUCUGGCGGAUGCGAGCGCGACUCGGCGUGACUUCAUGACGUACGCGCUGUCUCUGAUGCGCUCGCACCACGACGAACACUCUGGGAUCUUACCUGUGCUGGAUGUGUCUGCGCUUAAACACGUGGCGUACGUUCUUGACGCACUGGUCUACUACAUGAAGUCUGGGUCGGAAGGGGGAGCGGAGAGUGCGAACAUACGCGAUUCGAUCAGCGUCGAUUUCUAUGACGACAACGAUAAUGAUGAAAAUGACGAGGAGGUUGCCACCCACACUGCUCUUAUGGAAACAGACAGUAUGGACAGCGAUACGAUACCGAGUAGUACAGGACGGAAACAUCCAUUUUUCCAGAGGUCAGAAUCGACGACCUUCCUCGGCUGCCCGCCGCCAGAUCCUUUCGAACUUCCCCUAGCGGAAGCACUCCCAUUGGCCGAGCAGCCCCAUCUGCUACAGCCAAACGCCCGCCGCGAACAACUCUUCGGUCGGCCGCGCCAGAUCAUCAGCCAAUCGGGUGCAAGUGCAGCGUUAGAACGUAGCGUUGUGGAAGUUUUACCGACUCACCUUGGACUCAACCCGCACAGGAAUAGUGCGUUCACCCCUGUUGCUAGGAGACCAAAUGAGCCGACGCCCGGCCCUUCUGACGUAUCACUAGACCUAAGAACUCAACCCUCUGCCCGCUCCGAAACUCACGACCAAAACAGGAGCGAGCUUCUAGUGGGAGGCCACGGUGGGGCGGAGCCUUCUGUAGGCAUGGAAACGGGAGCUUCCAUUGAGCACGGAGGGAGGGACUAUGUUGGGGCGACUGUCACAGUGGACACUUCUCACCUACAGACCAUUCCACCUCCAUCCAGCUUACAGAACAUGCUGGGGUACAUUACCCAUGACUCCCUACUGGGGCGCUGGCGGCUUUGUCUGGAGCUGUUUGGCCGCGUGUUUCUGGACGACGUGGGGGCCGAACCGGGCUCUGUUCUCACCGAACUCGGAGGCUUUGAGGUGAAGCAGGCCAAGUUCAGGAGAGAGAUGGAGAAACUGAGGAACUCACAGCAGAGGGAUCUCACUCUAGAGGUUGAGAGAGAGCGUACCCUCCUGAUCCAGCAGACCCUACGACAGCUCAACACACAGUUCGGCCGGCGCAGCUCCACGGGGGGUCCUCCCAUGGCCGUGCACCGCGUCAAGGUCACCUUCAAGGACGAGCCUGGUGAGGGCAGCGGCGUGGCUCGCAGUUUCUACACCGCCAUCGCACAGGCCUUCCUGUCAUCUGACAAGCUGCCCAACCUGGACUCGGUGCUGGGGGGGACCAAAGGUGUGCACUACAGCCUGAUCCAACGCCUGAGAUCGCGGGAAAGAGAGCGCGAGAGGGAACGACGCAGCAGCAGCAGCGGAAGCCUGCGCCGCUCGGUGUCCCGGGAACGGGAGCGCUCGGCCAAUCAGAGGGGACAGCUGUCCAUCGACGCCCGCCCCUUCUACCCGGGUGGUAACCGUGACAACGAGGAUGAGCCCCUCCCACCACACAGACAAGCGUUAGGAGAAAGGCUGUACCCUAAAGUACAGGCACUACAGCCGUCUCUGGCAGGUAAGAUCACAGGGAUGCUGUUGGAGAUGUCUCCUGCACAGCUGCUGUUACUGCUGGCCAGCGAGGACUCCCUGAGACAGCGUGUGGAGGAGGCAGUGGACAUCAUACUGUCUCAUGGAAGAGAAUCCACGGCUGACCCUCUCGGAGCCAUUGACCUCUUCAGCUACAGUUCGGACACCAAGGCCAAGAAGGCAUUCCACAGCGAGCGUUACCCAGACGACGAAGAUUCUGACGACGAGGACAACUCUCCGCUGUUCUAUCAGCCUGGGAAACGCGGCUUCUACUCACCGCGGCCGGGACGCAACACUCCCGAGAGACUGAACUGUUUCAGGAACGUCGGAAGAAUCCUGGGACUGUGUUUACUGCAGAAUGAGCUGUGUCCCAUCACACUGAACCGGCAUGUCAUCAAGGUCAUGCUGGGCAGGAAGGUUGCUUGGCAUGACCUUGCCUUCUUCGACCCCGUGACCUACGAGAGCAUGCGGCGACUCAUCAUCGACGCCCAGGCGCCCGACGCAGAGGUCAUCUUCUCUGCCCUUGACCUGACCUUCUGUAUCGACCUCUGUCGUGAGGAGGGCGGCGGUCAGCACGAGCUGAUCCCGGGAGGGGCGGACAUGGCGGUGAACCCGGCUAACGUGUACGACUACGUCCGGAGAUACGCGGAGUAUCGCAUGUAUGGAUGUGCCGAGAAGGCACUACAGGCCCUGAGAAGUGGACUGUUUGACGUCCUCCCCAGAAAUGCGCUUGACGGGCUGACAGCAGAGGAUUUCCGCCUCCUAGUGAACGGGUGUGGCACCAUCGACAUACAGACUCUCAUCAGCUACACAUCCUUCAAUGAUGAAAGUGGUGAUGGGACAGAGAGGUUAACCAAGUUCAAGCGCUGGUUCUGGUCCAUUGUGGAGAGGAUGCCUCACCAAGAGAGGCAGGACCUGGUGUACUUCUGGACAGGCAGUCCAAACCUCCCUGCCAGCGAAGAAGGUUUCCAGCCCAUGCCGUCCAUCACAGUCCGCCCCGCGGACGACCAACACCUGCCGACGGCGAACACGUGCAUCUCGCGCCUGUACAUCCCUCUGUACUCCAGUAAAGUCAUCCUUAGGCAAAAACUCGUUUUAGCAAUCAAGACAAAACAGUUCGGCUUCGUAUGAAAACAUACUCUUAUUAUCUAAAAUGGAAGGAAAGAAAAAAAUCUUCAAAGACUGAAAAGUGACUGUCACAGUUCUUCCUGUGGAUUUUGUAUGAAGAUGACAACACAUGACAAAAUCAUGUCUCUCACAUGAUCAUCACAUGAUCGUCACAUGACUGCUAGAUUGUACUCACAUGCAAAGCUACUACCAGUAGAUAUUUCUUUACAGUACGACCUGAGUGUAUACAUGUAGCAUGUACAUUCCGCAUGUAAGGUGUUAACUGUUGGUAUAUUUUGCUAUGAAGUCCAUAUAUAUCAGUGUAGUGUGCUGCUUGCUCUUGUUAUAAUAUUUGCAACAAUAUUGUACAGAUGUGUCAUUUGUAUGAGCUUUGCAGAUUAUUGUAUGUAUUCUCUGACACAACUACAAAAAAUGACAUUUUUGAAAGAAGUCUUUGGUGUAGAAUUGAAAUAGGGAACUACUAAUAAUGAUGAUCACUUCAUGAUUAUCACAUGGCCGUCACAUGAUCACUUCAUGAUUAUCACAUGAUCGCUUCAUGACUAUCACAUGAUUUGAAUGGCUUUACUGCAAGGUAUAAUUAAUUGAUAAAUGUUUCAUUUAUAGAUACUUUUGAGAUAUUAGAAAGUGUAAAUUAAGGUAUUUUUGCCUGUAUGUACAUUCCCCUUUUUGUCAAUGUACAAUUUGUAUAUGACAGGGAUAUGUAUUUAAUGUUUUAUUUUGAAUCAACGUGGAAACCCUAAACUGUAUAGCAGCAUCAAGAUGGACUAUACCAUGUAUGUACAGAGGGGAGGGAUGUAAGGAGGUAUACUAACUGGCAUGUAUGGCCGGAUGAAAGGUAUUGAAUGCUGCAAACCUAUUGUAGGCCAUAAACAGUGCAAAUUCCUAUGGUGAGGGGACUUUUGUAAGGUAUGAUUCCUUUCCUAUGUCGUUAUGAUUUUGUUGUUGAGAUUCGCAAUUGUCAAUACACACAAAAAGUGCUAAUACAAAAAAAACUUCCGUCUCAAAA